AUGGCUGGUUGGUUUAAGCUGUCUCUAUUUCUGAUACUUCUAACCCUUGGGCUAGAUGCUAAGAAAGAUCAACGUAAACUUAAAGUUGUGAUCGAUACGUUUUAUGUGAAGCAUCAUGAUCCUGACCUCUUUGAGGAGCUCAAAUGUGUGGUGACCCAAGCUAAUCGUAGUUACCUCAGUUGUAAUAUGAUUCUACGGCGUAGCAUCGACCAGGCUGAAAUGAUAACUAAUUUCGACAUCAUAAAGGCAAACAAUCAGACGAUGAAGCUUUACAACAACCGCAUGGACUUUUGUCAGUACUUUACUGCCUUGCAUAAGAACUUCAAUUAUACGCUUACUGACUGGUAUAUGGCCGAGAAACAUGUGCCCAACUAUUUGCCUGAAUCCCUAAAUAUUGGAAGGUUACUCUCUAACAAUUAG